CUGGUUAUAAAUACAUUAGGUACAGGUACAUAAUUUCAACAUCAUCAUCAUCAUCGUCAACAAAAACAACACCAACAGGUUCACAGAUGGCCCCGCGUCAAACCGUCCUCCCGCUCGCCUACCGGGCCUUCUUCCUCAUCAUCGAGCCCAUUUCCGCCCUCGUAGGCGCGUACUACGCGCACCUCCGGCAGGAUGAGUACCUGUCGAUGACCACGCACACCGCCGCACCGCCGGUCCCGCUCGGAACCUCCGUCGUCCUCUCGCAGCUCGCCAAUCUCUACCUCCUGUUCGCGCUCAACGAAGCUCUGGUGCUACGGUCUACGGGCGAUCUCCGGGUGUGGCGCACCGUGCUGUUCGUCCUGCUGGUCGCCGACUUCGGCCACCUCUAUUCUGUGAGCGGGUUGGGUUCCUGGGUCUACUGGGACGUGACGCGUUGGAAUCCUAUCGACUACGGGAACGUCCUGUUCGUUUAUCUGGGCGCUUCGAUGAGGAUCGCCUUUCUUACCGGAGUUGGGCUGGGGACGUCGUCAUCAUCCCCAGCUAACAAGACAAAAAAAGCGGCUUAAGGGGGGUAAGAGUUUCUCUCUCAUGGAAAUAUGAAGCGACAAAGUCGCUCACCCAUCUACGGCGAUCUUCAAAGUCGAUAUACGAUACAUCUGCAUGUGUUUAUGCUAUAAUCGACCAGCCAAAAGACGACCAAGGUGAUAUACCCUUUCUGCAAGUAAUGGCUCGGGUCCCUGUUUAGCGAGAAAAAGGAGUUCUCCUUCUAGCAUUACUCCGAAACUGGAGCAUUUUAUACCGCUAGGAGUACCGCUUCUAUGUCAAUUGUGG